AUGCAGUGCAAUUCGGAAGCACAGUUGUCCCAACCCGAUUCGAAGCACCAAACUGCAAGUGAACUACGCAUUAACACAAACUCAGCUAGUCACUGGAAAUAUGACACCGGAGAAAACGUAGUGCACAGAAAAGAGUACACAACCGUCAACGGCAACCUAAGUUCACGACAACCCAAAAAUCAGACCAGUCGCAGUGAGGUGGGAUAG